CAGCAGUAUAUAAAUAUAUAAAUACAAUGUGCAUCUGAGCGCUGAUAAGCACACACAACGCCAGCUUACACAGACACUACCAAGCGAAGCCGGUUUGAGAGGAGUGGGCGGUGACGACUAUACUUAGAUACAUACGUUGAACUUGCUUGUACACGCUAAAUAACCUCUGGUUAGCGAUAAGGAAAUCAGGUACACCUACACAUACACGUAUAAUAGUAUUCAGGCAAUAACAUUGAGACACUGGGAAAGUGAGUGUUCAUAUCACAAAUAAACCAAAGAUGGCGUCUUCCAAGCGUGGGCGUUCGCGCAGCAGCUCUAUGUCAUCUCGGUCGCCGUCAAAGUCUCGCUCCCCUGCACACGCACGGUCACAUUCUAAUUCACCAACAAACGCUUCAGAUGUGGUCAGAUCAAGACCCAAACGUUCUUUGUCUCGAUCUGUGUCAAGGUCUGUCUCGCGCUCACCUACCAGUAGAAGACAUACGACGGAUAACCGGUCUAGAUCUAGAUCGGGAUCUAGAUCUGCCUCACCAGAACAAGCACGUAGUCCGGUAGGUAGGAGGCGUGCAUCACCAUCCCAGUCUAAAUCGGCAUCGAGGUCCAGGUCGAGUUCGAGAUCAAGGUCGAGAUCUAAAAAUAGGGCAGACGAUAAAAGUAGAAAUGUGAGCGAAAGUGAUAGCGGCAGCGACAGCGAAGAAGGGGCUAUACUGCAGAGCGAAGUAACCAAGCGCACUAUUGUGAGAGUACCAAACGUCUCACGGGUAAACGGUAAGCGAGUGUCACGAGACGAUGGUGACGGAGAUGAUAAAGAUGAAGAUAGCGAUAAGGGUCGUAGAAGUGGAAGGAGGGAUAGAUCGCGUAGAGGGAGUGUCAGUGAGAAUGAGAAUGGCGAUACGCAGAAACUUCAAGGAAAUGCAAAGGGCAGCAAUAAGAAAGAUAGGAGACUAGAGGCACGUAUUGAAAAGGGUCGACUGAGAAACAAGUCCCCGGCGCCCAUAGUAAUGAGUGAGAAAAAGAAAGAAAGAGUCAAACAAAUCGAGGCUAAUCGACCAGCCAAGAAGGCUAAGAAAAGCGAUGGAGAGGUACGUGGAAUGCAUCUCGCUUCUUGUUUGAUAUUUCCAUGUGCACGUUGUUGUCCCAAGAAUUAG